GGAAAGACUUUGUGCCCCCUCCCCUGGGCCAGCUCUGCGUGCCUCUAUUAUCAGUUUAUUGUUUGUGAGCCCCCCUUCUCUGGUCUGCCUAUUUCUGGUGAGGUGGCCAUGGAGCGGAGAUAAAAGAGGAAUCUGACAGACUGGCACUCUGUGAGCUUCCACAAAACGCCAGAGAUCAAUCUGUACAAACACUUGGCGAAAAGCAUAUGUACUUUACGCUGGGCUUCUCAUUCUGGACAAAAGUCUUUACAGCACAGCUUUAAUUCCAUGUCUUUCAAGGGCUCUAUGAAAUGCCCUGUGCCUCCGUCAAAUCCCACAACUCUGGAGGCCAAGGUUGAUGACCUGCGGUUUAAAGUGGAGCAGCUCCUUCUGAGCCCAGGGAAAAGUUGUCCCAUGUGUGCGACCUGUGUCCAACACAGCACACUGCAGGAGACUGUGACCAGCCAGCUAUCGGCUCAGACCAGACUCCUGGAUUCUCUUGAAAGGAAAGUUUUGGAGAUGAGAACAGCCUUGGAGGACCUGGCACGUGGUCUGGAGGACAGACAGUGUGAGAGAGUGUCUGUGCCUUUAGUGGCUCUACAGAGACGGAAAUCCCUGCCUGUUCGAACCUCUGCGGAGGAAGUCUAUAUUCGCUUAGACAGAGACCAUAAAAUGGUGUCCCAUUCCUUUAAUAAACCCUCGGAGAAAGGUGUUUUGCUAGAAGUCAAUGAAAACAAUGGAACGAGAAAAGAGGACCAUCAAGCUAGAAAAGAUUCAACAGAGGUCAAAGUUCAACAUGAACCUAAAUUGCAAAUCAAAGGGGAAAGAGAAAUAUCCACUGUACCCCCAAGAUCGAACCUAUCUCAAUGUCAUGAGCAAACACAUACAAUGAAUAAGCUUGAAAAUAAGGACCAGAAUGACGUCCUGAUACCCGUCAUUGUUGCUUCAACGGUGAUCCAGAGGACUUCUGGUAUUGCUCCACCAAAAUCAGAAGCCCAAGAUGACAGGAAAGUGUCACUAUUAAAAACUAAAGCACCAAAGAUGACAUCAGCAUCUGUUCCUGUGACAACAGCUGUUUUGCCCAACACAAUCAGACCGAAGCAUACUGAAACAGUGAAUGUAACCUUACCGAAUCAUACCAUACCAAAGAUGACUGGACUGUUUGCUCCAGCAAUGCCUCCAUGUACGGCUUCAUCGGUACCCAACAACAACCCUCCCAAGCUGACUUUAAUGGAAUUACCUACAGAUUCAACAACAAUCCAAAAAGUUCCCCAAACAAGUCUGGUUCUUCCUGCAGCAACUGCGCAGAGUUCGGGAAAAUCAUCAGUAAAUACACCCACCACAAAAAUGACAAGGUCACAAGAUGUGACAUUGUUUCCGCCAAGCCACAAACCACCAAAAACAGUGGGUUUGAAUGUUACCACAGCAACAAAAGAGGCUUUCUCCCUUAGACAAGUGCACAGCUGCCCUAACUCUUUACAGAGAUUACAGGUCACUGGAGGAAAGGCAGAUUUGGUCCACAUGGUGACAGCACCGCUGGCUAAGAAAGUGACUGAGGCAGUUGGAGCAGCAAACCACAUAUCUGGUGGAAUACAGAUUAAAAUAAGUCCAGCUACAGACAAGAAUCCAGUACAGAUGAAGAGCAAUAAUCUUUAUAAAACUUGUUUUAAACUUAUAGAUGAUGUUUCACCUCAGCCUGCCCCUUUUGCUCACCGGUUUGUGUCGCUGAAGUCGAACCCUCCACCCUGUGAUACCUUCACUAUCCACACCAGAGAAGUGCUGGGAGGCGGUCGUUUUGGCAAGGUGCACAAAUGUACCGAGACCAAGACAGGGAUGAGGCUUGCUGCUAAAAUCAUCAACACAAGAAAUGCCAGAGAAAGGGACAUGGCACUGAAUGAGAUGCAAGUCAUGAACCAGCUCAGUCACCCUAACAUCCUCCAACUUUAUGAAGCCUUUGAGGUCAAGAAUCAAGUUGUGCUGAUUUUGGAGUUUGUGGAGGGAGGCGAAUUGUUCGAGAGAAUUGUGGAUGAGAGCUGUCCGCUGACUGAGGUGGAUGCCAUGGUGUUCGUAAAACAGAUCUGUGAGGGUGUCCAGUACAUGCACCAAAUGUAUGUACUUCACCUGGACCUCAAGCCGGAGAACAUCCUUCUUGUUAAUCACUCUAGCAAUCAGGUGAAAAUUAUUGACUUUGGACUAGCAAGGAGAUAUAAACCACGGGAGAAGCUCAAAGUUUCAUUCGGAACGCCUGAAUUUUUAGCUCCGGAGGUGGUGAACUUCGAUUUUGUCUCCUUCCCUACAGAUAUGUGGACUUUGGGAGUCGUCACAUAUAUGCUGUUAAGUGGCCUCUCUCCUUUUCUGGGCGAUGAUGAUGGACAGACCCUCAACAAUGUGCUUUUGGGCAACUGGUACUUCGAUGAGGAUGCGUUUGAGCAUGUGUCUGCUGAGGCGCGGGACUUCGUCUCCAACCUGCUUAUCAGAGAAAGAAGUGGUCGUAUGAGUGCUACACAGAGUCUCAAACACCCAUGGCUCAACGACAUCAGUAAGAAAGCCAAGAGCAGCAACAUCGUGCUCAAGUCACAGGUUCUCCUCAAGAAGUAUAUGGCCAGGCGGAUGUGGAAGAAAAACUACAUAGCCAUUGCUGCAGCCAAUAGGUUUAAGAAGAUCGGAAGUUCAGGUUCCCUGACAGCGCUUGAAUUCUGAGAGUA